AUGUCUAACAUCACGACAGUGACAGAAUUCCUCCUUCUGGGAUUCUCCGACAUCCGGGAGUGGCAGUUGAUCUACACUGCGUUGUUUCUUCUUAUCUAUAUGGCAGCUCCAAUGGGGAAUCUCCUCAUCAUUGCUAUCACCACCCUUGACCGGCAGUUCCACACUCCCAUGUACUUCUUCCUCAAGAACCUGUCCAUCCUUGACCUUGGCUACAUCUCCGUCACAGUUCCCAAAUCCAUCUUCAAUUCCCUCACCAAUGUCAACUCCAUCACUCUGCUGGGCUGCGCUGCCCAAGUAUUCCUCGCAUUUUUAUUCGGUGGAUCAGAGUUGGCCCUGCUCACAGUGAUGUCCCACGACCGCUAUGUCGCCAUCUGCCGCGUAGGGAUGUUGGCUGCCUCUUGGUUUAGCAGUUGUUUGAAUGCCAUCAUUUACACAACCAGCACCUUCUCUCUAUCCUUCUGUGGCCCCAACACUGUCCACCAGUUCUUCUGCGAUGGUCCCCAGUUGCUUAGAUUGGCAUGUUCCACUAACCAUGUCACAGAAGAUAUGAGUUUAGCCAUCACCGUCUGCUUAGUUUUCUUCUGUUUCGUGCUCAUCGUGGGCUCCUACGUCCGCAUCUUCUCAGCAGUGCUGAGGAUGCCGUCGGUGGAGGGCCGCUCCAAAGCCUUCUCUACAUGCCUUCCCCACAUGUUCGUCGUCACUCUGUUCGUCACAUCUGGCACCUCUGCCUACCUAAAACCAAUAUCAGACACUCCCUCUGCACUGGACCUGCUGGUGUCUGUGUUCUAUGCUGUUGUGCCGCCUACACUUAAUCCCCUCAUCUACAGCCUGAGGAACCGGGACAUGAAGGCAGCGAUGGGAAGGCUGCUAUAG